AUGAGAAACGUUGUCAUUUCUUUGAAUUUAUUCUUGAAAAAGCCUUUUUACCAACCAACUUACGAAAAACUACUUCGAGUUGCUUGUAAACGGCGGAUUCAUGGAUUCACUGAUGGGCUUGAAAAUAUUAUCGAAACAAAAGUUUCUGAAACUGAUGUUAGUAAACGCAUAUCUGGUCAAGAGUUGACGUACAAAGGGAAAAAUGAGCGUGUCAUAUUUUCAGCCAAUCAAGUUAGUGUCAAUCGCCCGGUCGAAGAUAGGUGGAUGGCUUCUCAUUUUGGUGAAGGGGAUUUUAGUUCUCUCAGCGAUCACAAACAAUCGAACGAUGAGAAAUCGGUUUAUGGUGGUACAAUAUUUACAGUUGUUGAUGGGCAUGGUGGACAUGCUUGUGCUCAUGCAGUCAAUUUGCUACACAGUGAUUACAUAAUUUCUGGUCUUCUACCUCCAAAAGUUUCUGAAGUUGCUUUACGAAAUCUCCACCAAAUUAAGGAGUUACGUACUCCGCGUUCAAUUUGUGAGUUGGCGGUCACAUUGUGGAUGACUUCUGGUGCAGUGGUUACCGGGGAAUCUGAACGUAUCGAGUUCGGUCUGAAAGCGGAUAUAAAUUCCAGAUUUCCCAAUCCUAAUCUGACUUCUAUGCAUAGUCAGCCUAGUGUUAGCUGGGGGCCUUGGGGUCCCUGGGGCCCUCUACCGUUGUCUGUUCGUGAUGCACAUACUGGACAUAUCAGUAAAUUCCUUGAAGAAUUACUGUCAACCUGUGAUGAAAGGGAGUUUUUCUUCAGUGAUAAUAGUGAGGGUGAUAUGAUUGAUCCAGAUGGGUUCAUUACUGCUCCAUUAAAUGCGAUUAAGGAAACUGUCAUGAAAUACUCCGAGCCUUCGUCUUCGUUAAGGCGAUCAGAAGAUCCCACUUUGUCCUCAGACUUCGAUCAGUCUGUUGAUGAUUUGCGCAACUAUGUAGCGGCUACUGCUUGGGCCCUGAGGAACGGUCUUCUUCGAAUGGAUCUGGAUAUGUCCUUGGCAGCAUGCCCUACUUUCCAUGGUCCUGUGUUAGACAAAGCUUUAUUACGUGUUGUGUUUGCUGGCUGUGUAGCAACCUCGGUCUAUAUACCUCGACAUCGAAAAGAAAUUUUUGCUGCUCAGGUAGGUGACUGUGGGGCUGUAAUUGGAAGUUAUUCACCUCCUUGUGAAGUUCCAGUUACAAUUCCAUCUUCGAUAGACAUCUACACUCAAACCUCUGGGGAAUAUACUAGAGAGCAUUGGGAAGCCAAGCUAUUGAUUCCUCCUCAUAUAUCUGAAAAUGAAGCAGAUGUUCGGAGAAUUAAGUCUAGUCAUCCUGUCCAUGAAGCUGAAUUUAUAAUCCGAGAUGAUCGACUUCUUGGUGAAUUAAUGCCUUUACGUGCAUUUGGAGAUAUUCGUUUCAAAUGGUCAACAGAUGAUUUAAAGAACAUCGCACGCUUAUUGGAUCUCCCCCCUAAUUAUCCUAUUUCUCCACGUUUUUAUGCCAGUCCACCCUAUUUAGUCGCUACACCUCAAGUUUUGUGGAAACCUCUUUCUCCACUUUGUGAUCACUUCUUAAUCUUGGGGACAGAUGGCUUGUGGGAUAUGAUUUCACCAGCAGAGGCUGUGCAUGUGGUUGCUCGUCAUUGGUAUGAUUACAAAGGUAAUCCAUCUUGUGGUUCUGGGGAUACUGCUGCUAGUCGUUUAAUUCGAACUGCACUUGGUGGUACAGAAAUGAAUUCCGAACAAAUAGCCUUACACUUUUCAAUGCCAGCUUCUUUAGCUAGAUAUUACCGGGAUGAUAUUACUGUUAUAGUUGUUUACUUACCUACUGCUUUCUGCGAUUCUUCGUAA